AUGACUAUCAGUAAGAAUAAUAAGAUGAUGUCUCAUUUGAAUCGCAAAAUGAAAGUGGUUUUGUUAGAUUCAAGGACUUUUGUAGGCUUCUUCAAAGCCUUCGAUAAGCAUAUGAAUAUCCUUUUAUGCGAUUGUGAGGAAUUGCGACGUAUCAAACCAAAACCAGGCAAGAAAAUCGCUGAGGUUGGUGAAGAAAAGCGUAUGUUGGGUUUAGUGUUGUUACGAGGUGAACACAUAGUUUCUAUGACUGUUCAAGCUCACGAGCAAGAUGAUGAUUCAAAACAGAUGGGAAAAGCUGGUAAUAUUGGUGGACCUGGUGCAGCACGACCAGCUGGACGUGGUAUUGGACAACCCAUGGGAGGUCCUCCCGGUCCUGCACCUGGUUGGUACACCUGA